AUGGUCUAUCAUUCAAGUUUCAAUGACGAAAGUGCUGGUUUCCGUACCAUUGGAAACUUCCCAAUCUUACCAAUCAAGACUGCUCACAAGGGUCCAGCUCCAAAGCCACAAGACCCAAAUGCUGUUGAUGCAAUUGAUGAAGCUUUGGACCUGUUCAAGGCCAACAUUCUCUUCCGUACUUUUGAAGUUCAAGGUAAUGGUGACCGUGUUUUGAUCUACCUCACCCUCUACAUUACCAAGUGUCUCCUCAAGAUUGCCAAUCUUUCAAAGGCCGACGCUGAAAAGCAACUCUUCACCAUGGCUCAAGAACAAUUCUCCAUUCCAGGUGAAACCUCCUUCCCACUCGGUGGUAUGAUCACCAUCCCAGCUGCCCGUGAUGCCGCCGACAACAUCCGUCAAGCCUUGACUCAAUUGAGACUCGAGACUGGUAUCCGUCUUGUACAAAGAGUUUAUGCCACCGAUCCAGCCAGACCAAACAAGUGGUGGAUGGCUUUCUCAAAGAGAAAAUUCUUGGGCAAGGCUAUCUAA